AUGUCCGACACCACGGCAACUCCUGAGGUUCUCUGGGCCCAGCGCUCCAGCUCCUCCGACGAGUCCAAGAACUUCGUCUACCUGACCAUCUCCGUCCCUGACGUCCCGGCCUCCAACCUCAAGCUCGACCUCAAGCCCACCGGCCUGAGCUUCAAGGGCCACUCCGACUCUCUGAAGCGGACGUACGCCCUCGACGUUGAGUUCUACGCCGAGAUCGACCCCGCCGAGAGCAAAAUCAACCACACUGGCAAGAACGUCGAGCUCAAGCUCCAGAAGAAGGAGCUCAAGGAGGAGUACUGGCCCCGUCUCCUGAAGGAGCCCAAGAAGGUUCACUUCCUCAAGACCGACUUCGACAAGUGGGUCGACGAGGACGAGCAGGAGGAGGCUGGCGAGGAGGACUUCUCCCAGUUCGGUGGCAUGGGUGGCAUGCCCGGCAUGGGCGGCGCUGGCGGCGACUUCGGCGGCAUCGACUUCUCCAAGCUCGGAGGCGGUGCCCCGGGUAUGGAGGACGUCGACGACGAGGAGGAGGAUGAGGAUGACAUGCCCCCUCUGGAGGGUGAGGAAGACGAUAAGGCGGCCCCGGCCGCUGGCAAGGCUGCCGAGAAAUAA